AUGGGGUUGCUGACGAAAGGAAGCCCCCUGAGCUGGGCGGAAACUGUGCCCUAUGUGGAAUUUAUUAAGAAACACGGCAUCGCUCAAUUCAUCAAUUUAUACCAUCGUCUGAAGGCUAGAUCUGGUGAUCAGCUGAAAUGGGGCGACGAGAUUGAAUACACCAUCGUCAAGUUCGACCACGAGGGCAAGAAGGUGCGCGUUUCGCUUCGUGCCGAGGAAUUGCUCUCCCGACUCGCCGCCGAAGAAGAGGUGAACAACCUCAUCGGGACGGCCAACAAGUUUUUGUGGAGACCCGAAUUUGCCGCCUACAUGGUUGAAGGAACGCCCGGUGCCCCCUACGGAGGUCUAAUCGCUUGCUUUAACGUCGUUGAAGCCAGCAUGAAGUUGAGGAGAAGCGCCAUCAGCAAGCUUCUGAAGAAGGACGAGAGCGUGCUGUCAAUCUCUUUCCCAGCCCUUGGCACCGCUGAUUUCACGUUUCCUCCUACGAAAUGUACUCCUGACGACGAGGAGGGGGCCGGAAGAAGCGCUUUCUUCCCUGAUGAUGCGAUUUAUGGAGGGCAUCCUAGAUUCAAAAAUUUGGUUCGUAAUAUUCGAGGAAGACGGGGCGAGAAGGUUGCGAUCAACGUGCCGAUUUUCAAAGAUGUCAACACCCCGCAGCCAUUCAAGGAGACUUUCCACGAUGAAUUGACCGGACACGUGGAGCGAGGCCUUCAGGACCAUAUUUACAUGGAUCACAUGGGAUUCGGCAUGGGUUGCUGCUGCUUACAGGUGACUUUCCAAGCCGUCGACGUCAAAGAGGCUCGCUGGCUGUACGAUCAGCUAACCCCGAUCACUCCGGUGCUGUUGGCCUUGUCGGCGGCGACGCCGAUUUUCCGUGGAUAUUUGGCCGACGUUGAUUCGCGCUGGGAUAUCAUCAGUGCGAGUGUCGACGAUCGGACGGCUGAGGAGCGUGGGCUGAUACCGUUGAAGACGAGCAAGUGGAAGAUUGAUAAAUCGAGAUACGACACUACGGAUUGUUACAUAUACCCCUGCUCUGCGGCCUACAACGACAUUGAGCUGCAGUAUGAUGAGGGCAUCUUCAAGCAACUCCUUGACGGAGAAAUUGAUGAGCACCUUGCCAAGCAUAUUGCCCAUAUGUUCAUCCGAGAUCCGCUACAGGUAUUCCGCGAGCGCAUCGAGCAGGAUGACACGAAGAGCUCUGAGCAUUUCGAGACGAUCCAGAGCAGCAACUGGAUGAAUAUGCGCUUCAAGCCCCCACCACCGGAUGCCCCGGAAAUUGGCUGGCGCGUCGAGUUCCGACCCACUGAGGUCCAACUCACCGACUUUGAAAAUGCGGCUUAUUGCUGCUUCGUCGUGCUGCUGACUAGGGUAAUCCUCUCGUAUCGCUCGACGUAUCUGCUGCCAAUUUCGAUGGUCAAUGAGAAUAUGAAGCGCGCUCAGAAGCGGGACGCUGUUUUGGAGCAGAAAUUCUUCUUUAGAAAGGGAGUAGCCACUUGCCGUCACCCCCCAGAUGAGGCCGGAGGUGGCGAUUCGGCCGCCUGCACGGUCGGCAAUGCAAAGAGCGAGGAUAUUGAAGAAAUGACGAUCAACGAGAUUGUUAACGGGCGUGAAAAAGAGUGGCCCGGCCUGGUGCCCAUGUUGAAGCAGUUCCUCGACUCGGCCGAUGUCGAUGUUGACACCCGGUGCACCAUCUCGCAAUAUCUGAACUUCAUCUCGCAACGCGCCUCUGGGCAAAUCCCUACACUGGCCAACUGGACCCGCGAAUUCGUUCAGAACCACGCUGCCUACAAAAAGGACAGCCGCGUGCCCGAUGAGACGAUCUACGAUUUGCUGUCCUUGAUGUCGGACAUCUCCUCAGGCCAAAAGCAUUGCCCUCGCCUGCUCGGCUCCUUCCGCUCAAAAACCGACCAACUGAUCCCAUCGGCAGUGCGACGAGCCGAAGAGAGCCUCGUGAUGAACAUGCAAAAGAGGGCCCAC